GCACCGCAUAUUUUUCGACGAAAAAGAUUAAAAACAGUUUAAAUAGGCAAUUUGGGUUUGAUCCGUUGAAGACGAGAAACCGCCAGAACAGACAUCCUCACGAUGGGAGCCAGGCAAUCACAGUCGCGCGAACCACGUUCGGUCUCAAUGGAGAACCCGACUCCUGCGGGCGUCAUCGACAUAUCCGAUGAUGUGGUCAAGCGCCUCAAGGCCGGCAUCUCACAGCAGGCUCGCCAGCAAGCAGCCGUUGCGGAGGAGUCCAAACCGGCAGCCAAAGCCCCCUCCGUGCCCGCAGCAGUCCUGCCAGCGCCCGCGUCCGCGGUUAGGGCUCCCUCCUCCAUUUACGUGCAGGGCGGUGGACAAACCAUCAGCGCCGCGGAUGUGCAGCGCCAGAUGAACCAGGAGCUGAAACAGAACGACGAGAUCUGGCGCCAGCGCCUCAUCAAUCUGGAGGAGAACCUGAAGAAGACCAACACCAUCCUCGAGUCGGAGUACGCCAAUGCCGUGGAGAACGUGCACAAGCGAUUCGUCAGCACUGCCGCCGCGCAAAAGCUGCCGCCCUGCCAGGACUUGAAGGCGCAGCUGCUGGCCUGCUACCGCGCCCAUCCCGGCGAGACGCUACAGUGCAUGGACGAGGUGGCCCAGUUCCGGCAGUGCGUCGACCUGCAUCGUAUCAAGAAGUUGGACGAUGAGCCGGAGGCGGCCAAGGCGCCAGCUGCCAAAGCGGGAUAGAAAGACGGUUCAAAUUCGUAUGUUGAGUUGAUUAUUUGUUGGCGGCCUUGCGAGACUUCUGUAAACUGCAAAGACUUGGGCGAGAAAGUGUAUUUUGUGAAGAAAUAAAUAAGUAAAGUAAUUUAACUAUGAG